AUGGGAAACAGAGGGAGACCAUCUCUCAAACUUUCAUCGGAGGAACGAUUAGAGCGUCGUCGCAUGCAACUGGCAGAGUCGCAGCGAAAGUGUAGAGCGAGGAAGAGGCAGAUUAAGAAGGGUGGACGCGCGGCUGCGAAAGAGACACCAACACCAGAGCUUGCUCCGAGCACGCCUGAGUCAAAGUAUCGUGACAUCGAAGAAUGGAGUAUGGAAACUGCAUCUUCAGGAACAAACUCGUGUGGAGCGAGUCCUAGCGACACGACCAGUGAAGACGAGGCAGUGUCUGGCGUUUCCACGGCAAGUAACCCUAUUCCAGAUAACCAAGCACCAGAAGCUCAUUCUACAGCCCCUGAGAUCGAGCAUACGGUUCUUGAUGGAGGUAGCGUGACAGGCAGCGAACCUUGGUCUCCAGAGUUACCUUGGUUGCUAUUCCCAGAGGACGAGGUGAUGUCGACCAUGGCAGAUAGUGGACAGAUUCAUUUUUGGAACCAGUUCUCUACGAACUUGGUAAAGAUGGGUGAGACGCAAGAAUUAUCCCCACAAAAUACGGGUAGCCUAGAGUCCUCAGUUGGAACUUGGUCUCCAGAGAGCUCUUUCGAUAUCGAGUCGCCGUCCGAAAUAUCACCACUCGCAGGCGACGUUUCAUCGUGGAAGCCGAACGACUCAAACUGUCAGAAACCACUACCAAUGUCCGACUUCCAGUUGUUUGGCACUGGUGCACUUGAUUCAUGGGAAUCUUCGUUUGAUUGGGAUUCGUAUAGCAACAAUCCAGCUGCCACUGAGCAAUCUAUCAAUAAUGAUUGGUUUGCUAACACGGAAUUCCCAGAGUAUAGUUUCGACAUGCUAGUUCAAAUCCAGGCAACAUCAGGUACAAGUGGGCUUUUCAGCGAAACGGUCUCCCCACAAUCGAUCUUGUCGCAGGCGGAAACCGAAUUUGAUUUUGACUGGCAAGAAUUCUCUGCUAUUCCCGACUCCGCUGUAGCCGACUUGGAGCCUCGGACUACAUGA